AUGGCUACCACCGUCUUUAUCAAUGGCCGCAUCCUCAGUUCUGACUCCAAGGCCGGGUUUGUCUCUACUAUGGUGGUGGAGGGAGACCGUGUCACUCACCUUGGCUCGGAACAUGAUGAAGCUGUUAUUGGGAUUAAAGAACCAAAGUCAACGGUGAAUCUGAACAAUCGACUCGUACUUCCAGGAUUUAUUGAUGGCCAUGUGCAUAUCCUCGGUUUCGGCUUGUCGCUACAGAAACUUGAUCUUCUGUCUUGCAAGUCCCUCGCGGACAUCCGAACAGCUAUCAUCUCCUACGCAGCAACCCACACAUCUGAACCACGGAUAUUGUGUCGUGGAUGGGAGCAAUCAGUCACGAAUGGUGAGGCUUUUGCAACAGUCCUAGACGAUCUAGACCCUCGGCCAAUCUACGUCGAGGCUUUGGACCUCCAUUCAACUUGGUGCAACAAUGCAGCUCUUGCAGAGCUAGAUGUUCGUUCCCAACCCGACCCGCCCGGGGGUAAGAUUCAUCGUUAUCCAGAUGGCACCCCGUCUGGUUUGCUUGAGGAAGCGGCGCAGUUCAAUAUCAUCUGGCCGUUCUUGGAUCGUGUCACAUCCCUGGAGAAGAAGCUCUUCGCCAUUGACGCUGCAAUUAAUGCACAUCGACGGGCCGGAUAUACCGGACUUGUGGAUAUGGCCAUGGAUGAGAGCGGAUGGUCAGUAUUGAAUAUCUAUCGAGAUCGACGUGGUGACCUUCCGAUGCAUGUGGCAGCACACUGGCUGGUUCCCUACUCAGAGUCCAAUGCCGAUAUCUGCAGCCACAUCGACCGCGCUGUUGCGCUUCACAAAAGGUUCAACCGCACAACCUCCCCGGAGCUUUGUAUCAACGGGAUCAAAUUGAUAUGUGACGGAACGGUGGAUGGUUGCACUGCAGGGCUACACCAACCGUAUGGCGGUGUUGCUAACAUCGUCGAACCCAUCUGGCCUGCUGAUGCCCUUGCCUCGGCGAUACGUCGCGCUACCAACGCCGGCCUACAAUGUGCCAUCCACGCCAUUGGAGACCGCACAGUGCAACGUGCCAUUGAUUGUUUAUCCCAAGUUCCGAAUCUGCCGUCCUGUCGCCAUCGCAUUGAGCAUCUGGAGGUUACAGCGCCUGAGGAUGCACAGAGGCUAGGACAACUGGGCAUUGUGGCUUCAGUCCAACCUGUCCACCUAGACCCGGCAACUUUUAGUGCAUGGCCAGGACUGCUGGGAGCACAGCGUUGCAAACGGGCCUUUGCUUACCAAGAGUUCGUCAACGGUGGUGCCCGUCUGGCAUUGGGGACUGAUGCUCCCACCGCUAAGCAUUUCGCACUGCCAAAUAUUUAUAUUGCUACUACUCGGCGAUCAGCCCUGGAACCUGCCUUGGAAACAACCAUCAACCCCGAAUUCGCUAUUCCUCUCGCGACGGCCAUUUCGGCAGCAACUGCGGGUGCUGCAUACGCAUCCUUUGCCGACUCGUGGACGGGAAGUCUACGCCCGGAACUGCACGCCGAUUUCGUCGUCUUGGAUAUGGAAUGGGUUCCGGAAAAGCUGUUAGAAGCUCGGGUAUGCCAAACCUGGUACAAGGGGGAAAAGGUAUUCGAUGAAGAGGAGGAUGGCCAAUGA